UCGAGGGCUUGUCAGUAUGUGACAUCGACGAAAAUAAUGACGUUCGUCUGCCAGUUGUAUUUUCGUUGGACAGUAUUCCAGCCAGCAGCGAGGAGGUAUGCAGAGUUGAAGACCUCUCAGACUGGCCGCACCUGCAAGACGUGAUUCCGCCAGAAAUAGACGCUGAGGUUGGACUAUUGAUUGGAGUAAACGUGCCCGCCGCUUUGGAGCCUAUCGAUAUUAUCCAGAGUCGUGACGGUGGCCCGUUCGCGGUGAAGACUAGGCUAGGUUGGGUGAUCAAUGGCCCAGUUCGUUACCUGAAAUGGACGCAGAUGAGGAACACCGCGAACCGCAUCAAAGUGGAGCUCCAACAGCUUCAGCUGAAUGAGAACCUGGCUUCGGAAGAGCGAGGGUGGUCAGUUGAAGACCAUCGCUGGCUGGAAAAGGUGGAAGCCGGGCUGAGAAGGUCAAGUGGUCAUUACGAGCUACCACUGCCGCUCAAAACUGAAGCUUCACUGCCCGAUAACAGCGAAGUCGCUCUCAGAAGGCUUCAAGGUCUGAGGAAAAGAUUCACUAACGAGUCCUUCAAAGAUAAGUACUCGGAGUUCAUGACAGACAUGUUCGUUAAGGGAUACGCCGAAAAGGUCCCGGACCAAGAUUUGAGACGAUGUGAUGGCAAGGUCUCAUACAUUCCACAUCAUGGAGUGCACGGGCAGAAAUCGGACAAAAUGCGAGUUGUUUUCGACUGCUCCAGCUCGUUCCGGGGAGAAUCACUGAAUGACUCGCUCCUACAAGGACCCGACCUAACGACACCUCUAGUGGACGUUUUGGUGCGGUUCAGACAGGACCAAGUCGCUUUCAUUGGCGACAUUGAGUCCAUGUUCUAUCAGGUGCGUGUCCCUCAAGGCGACAGAGACAUGCUACGAUUCUUUUGGUGGCCGGACGGUGACACGGCUAGGCCGCCAGACAUGUAUCGCAUGACAGUCCAUCCCUUCGGUGCUAAGUCAUCGCCCAGUAUCGCCAAUUACGCUCUGAGACGAACUGCUGAGGACUAUGGUGACAGAUACACAGCCGAAGCGAGACGAUCAGUAGAAGAAAACUUCUAUGUAGACGACUGUCUGAAAUCGGUUGGUUCUGUGGAGAAGGCCGUCGAAAUCGCACGAGAACUUCGAGAGCUGUGUCGGGAAGGUGGGUUCCGUCUCACUAAGUUUGUGUCAAACAGCAGGAAGGUUUUGGACUCCGUCCCAACCGACGAGAGAGGGAAACAGGUUCGUGACUUAGUGCUUGAUGCAGACCUUCCCUCAGAGAAAGCUCUAGGAGUGCGAUGGCAGGUUGAGCCUGAUGUACUCAGCUUUGCAGCGCUACCACUUCCAGAGAAACCAUGCACCCGCAGAGGAAUGCUGGCAGUGAUCGGGUCUCUGUAUGAUCCUCUUGGAAUGGGCGCUCCGUUCGUGCUUCACGGCAGACUGGUUCUUCAAGAGAUGACACGUCGACAGCUUCGUUGGGACGACGUAGCUCCAGGCGACUUGGCUGCCAGGUGGUCGGAGUGGCUGAAGGGCAUUCCACUUUUGUCCGAGAUCAGUCUUCCAAGAUGCCUGAAACCACACGGAUUCGGAACCGUGAAGUCGAGUCAACUGCAUCACUUCUCAGACGCGAGUAGCAUUGGCUAUGGUGUUGUCACUUACUUACGCUUGACGAGCGACGAAGGCAGAAUUCAUUGCUCGUUCAUUUUCGGCAAGUCCAGGGUGGCUUCACUGAAGGGGAUGACGAUACCUCGUCUUGAACUGACUGCAGCUGUGCUGGCGGCUCGAGUGGACGUCAUGCUACGACGUGCUCUGCAGAUCCCUAUCGACAGAUCAGUGUUUUGGACUGAUAGCACAACAGUCCUUCGGUACGUGCGAAACGAACACACACGCUUCCACACUUUUGUGGCCAACAGGAUUGCUGUCAUCCGAGACACAUCCUCGCCAGAACAGUGGCGAUACGUCGAGUCGGCCAGAAAUCCGGCAGACGACGCUUCAAGAGGUCAAAAUGGACCAUCUUUCGUGUCCAACAGUCGGUGGUUCGAUGGACCGAGCUUUCUAUGGAAAGAAAAGACCAGUUGGCCAGCGUUUCCCCAGGGACUUGAUGGUGGACCAGAAGAGGAUCCAGAGGUGAAGAAGACGGUGAGGGCUGUGUUGGUAUCGGAUGAUCGCGAUCCACUGAUCACGCUGUUCCAGCACUUCUCUUCUUGGUAUCGUCUGCGUCGAGCCGUCGCAUGGAUCCUCCGAGUCAAGCAGAAACUGAAAGAGAGGGCAACAACUAAGGCAUCAUCCGCUGAUAAUCAUCCCGGGGUCGCUGCUGAAGGCAAGACUGAGAAACUGCGACUCUCCGUAGCCGACUUAAGAGACGCAGAAGAAGCAGUUGUGAGACACGUCCAAAGAACGGCUUUCUCAACAGAGUACAAGGCUCUGCAGGCAGCGGGGAGAGAGAAAAUGCCAGCGAGCAGUCGCUUGGCUCGUUUGGAUCCGUUCAUUAACGAUGAUCUCAUCAGAGUGGGGGGACGACUCACCAACGCCAUAUCUCUCCGAGGACGCAAGGCACCCUCUUGUACUACCAAAGCGCCACCACGUGGUUGACCUGAUCAUUCAGCAUAUACACGAGAAAGUUGGGCAUGCUGGACGAGAGCACGUGUUGGCGGAGCUCCGUACUUGUUUCUGGGUCUUGAACAGUAGCUCAGCGGUGCGUCGUGUCCUGAGUCGUUGUCUGAGAUGUCGGCGCCGUCGAGGGCCACUCCUAGUACAGAAGAUGGCUGAUCUGCCUCCCGAUCGGGUUACACCAGAACCUCCCUUCACGAACACUGGCAUUGACUUCUUUGGGCCUUUUUUCGUGAAGCGUGGUCGUGGACAGGAGAAGAGAUAUGGCGUCAUUUUCACUUGCCUGGUGAUCAGAGCCGUGCACAUAGAAGUAGCAGACUCUUUGUCCACAGAUUCAUUCUUGUGUGCGCUCAGGAGGUUUCUGUCAAGGAGAGGUCACGUCAAAAUGAUUCGCACAGACAGAGGGACAAACUUCACGGGCAGUGAGAGGGAGCUGGCAUCAGAAGUAGAUCGCCUGCUGAAAAACGAAUCAGUGUGCCACGACGCCAUGCUCAGGAGAAACAUUGAAUGGGUCCUGAACACACCGAGCGCGUCCCACCAUGGGGGUGUUUGGGAGCGCAUGGUUCGCUCCAUCCGCAAGACUUUGAACAGUUUGUUAACGCAACAGACUUUGACAGAUGAGACGCUGCGGACUUUGCUUUGCGAGGUAGAGGCAAUACUGAACAGUAGACCUCUGACCUUCGUUUCUCUCGACCACCGAGAUCCACUGCCACUCAGCCCUAACGAUUUGUUGCUGCUCAACGGUGUCGCUUCACCUCCAGCUGGAUUGUUUGGACCUGACGAUCUGUAUGCUCGGAGAAGGUGGCGUCAGGUACAGUACCUGGCAGACAUAUUCUGGUCCAGAUGGACCAAGGAGUACAUUCCACUACUACAAAGCCGACAGAAGUGGCUCAAGCCAGAGAAAUCACUGGAGGUUGGAGAUGUUGUAGUGAUCGCCGACAGUGGCCUUCCAAGAAUCCAGUGGCCACUGGGUCGCGUGGUAGAAAGGCGUGCUAGCCAGGACGGACUGGUGAGAAGUGUUAAGGUGAAAACGAAAGGAAGGGAGAUGUGGCGCCCAGUCACGAAGCUGGUGUCAUUGUGCUAGGCGCCAGCUGAGCGAGGACGCUGUGCCAGAUGGUCUCUGUGCCAGUUCGAUUGAGGCAAUCUUAGCGUUGCGCAAUUAGGUACUUGUUGAUUUGGGGAAAUGCAAACGUGCGCACUGCCUCGACAUGUUCCCCUUGUGUUCUCGUUUUGCAUGUUCGGCCUUGAAGACCGAACGGGGAGGGUGUAGCGGCGCCGAGGCGCCGAAGAUGCGCACGACUCCGGGCUGCAAGCGCCAUCAUUGACAAGCAUGUGCAUUUUGCAUUUAUUAUGUCAUUUAACAGAAAGUUGUUUUUGUUGUUCUGCUAAAAAUGAGCAAAAGUUGUUUUCAUCAAGUUUGCAUUGUAUAUUGUAAUUUCUGGCCUCAUUUCACUUAAAAUGUUGACAAAACAAGUACCGUAAAUAUGUUCGUUUUUGGCCGAUUCAUUGUUUGGCGGUAUCACCACCUGUCUGCGCUGUGAUUGCGAUACAGUCGAAAUCAUUGCAUUGCAUAACAUUGCAUUGCCACAUCGCAUUACAAGAGAAUAUAAAUUGGCAUCACGAACAGGCA